CGCCUUUAGACGAGUGUUGUUCGUGUGUCGUCGCUCUGCAGUAAAAGUGCAUUCGGGCACGUUCGGCCGCCAUGUCGAGUUGUGGUUUUUGACAGACGAGCCGCGAAAAAAGCUGUAUAGCUUUUUUGCAUAGCGAAUUUCCGUGUAAAAUCAAGCAGAAGUCGCUUUUAUGGUGCUCGCAAGUGCUGCAGGAUGAUCAUAAAGAAGGAAGUGAUAGACGAUGAGGGUGCGGAAGAUGGAAUUAUCACAGAGGAGCUGGAAAUAAUGCCGUCCGAGGAGGAUGAUGUUGACAACGCCAGUGACGACGGGACAUCACAACACAUCGAUGAUGAGGAGGCUCACAUCAAUGGCGAUGCAGUGGUCAGAGAGCCUGGGAUUUUGCUGCGGGACUCGCCCAAGGUGCCACUGCUGGAGUGUCAGUACUGUGAGACUUGGUAUUUGUCGGCGGACACUUUCCGGCAGCACUCGGCGUUGCACAGGACGCGCAAUCUCGAGACGAUCUACAACUGCAGGCAGUGCCUUCGCGGCUUCUGCACACGGGAGCAGCAGCAGGUGCACGAGCGCAAUCAUUCCGGUGCCAAACCGUACAAGUGCGAGGUGUGCCACGAGCAGUUCUCCUUCCUGCGCAGUCUUGAGUAUCACGUGCAGCUGCACGGCGGCGUCCGGGUGUACAAGUGCCAGUUCUGUGAUAAGAUCUUCCUGCAACUCUUUGAACUAAACAUCCAUCUCAAGUAUCACGCCUCAUUCGAUCAUCACGCGUCGGCCCAGGCGCACUCCUCGACAAUGGCGAACGGCGGCGUGUCAGCCUGGAAAGGCAUUCUGGACGGCAAUUUGAGCGUUUCGAAGAGCAUAUCAGAUCCUGGUAAUCUGCUAAAGCCAAUAGAAAUGUUGACGACAGAGGAGCGAGUGAAGAGGGAGAAGGAGGAUGAUCUCAUUGAGAUUUACGAGGAGCAGGACUUUCAGGAUUGUAUCGAUGAUAACAAUUCUGAGGACACAAUGAGGGAUUUGAUGUCAAGAAACACUGGCACGAGUUCCAGCGCGGAGGAGAAUAAGUUCACGUGCAAGAGAUGCGGCCUGGAUUUCAAGUUCUUCAGGCUGCUGCAGCUGCAUAAGAAGACCCGCAGAGGAGUUCGGUGUCCUGAGUGCUCACAGAAGUUCUGCUCGAGUAAACUCUUGGAUGAUCAUUUGACGGAUCACGCGAUGGAACGGAAGCGCUUGCUGCGGAAUCGCCAGAGAGUUGCCACUCAAACUGUGCCUGAGACACAGCCGAAGGCGCACUAUUGCCUGAUAUGCAACAGGGAGUUGAAGAUUCUCAACGAGGACAAUGUCAUCAAUUUCCAAAACGAAAUCUACUACAAGUGCAGCGAUUGUUCUGACAUCAGUCUGGACGCGACAGUGAAGCGGGAAUUGAUUGAAGAUUCGCUGUCGCGCGUGUACGAAGGACAUGGCGUAUUCACGAAGGAUGACACGGAUGAGAAUACCACUCAGGAGGAGGAAGUCGUGGAUGUGAAGUCAGAGGAGGAGUCAAAUGCAAAUGAUGAGUACACUUGUGGCCAUUGCAAGGCGAAUUUCAAUGCGGAAUUCGCUCUGAAGGCGCACAGACGGAAGACAGUGGAAAGAAGCUGUCCUAAGUGUGCGUUGCCAUUCUGUAAUAUCAAGCUGUUAAGGAGACACAUGAAGGAUCAUGAGAAGGAGGAGCUCGAGAGAGAGGUGAAGCCCAAUUUCCCUUUUUACUCCACAACAUCACAAAUGAGCAAUUCUCAUGAGAACUUCAGUCGCUCAUACGACAACUUGAACCACUUGAAUCACAGAUUGUAUGAUGAGACUGUAAAUGAUCGUGAGGUGAAGAGAAUGCCGCCGGGUGGCGAUGACAGACUGACGUGUCCGAAGUGUGGCAAGGUGGUAACUGGCAAGGGCGCCUUGGCGGCGCACAUGGCAUUCACGCACAAGGAGAAGCGGUCAAUUUGUCCACACUGCGGAAAGGCGUUUGCCUUCCCGAAGAUCCUCAACAUGCAUCUGGCCUAUCGCCAGAGGACCUCUUUUCCGUGUGGUUGCAGGUUCUGUCCGCAUCGGUAUCGCAAUCAGGCGGAAGUGAAUGCCCAUGAAGAGUAUCACAAGCGCCACCAUGGACUGAAGACAGCUGCGGCGAGUGGCGCGAAGAGUAUUCUGGAGAAGAGACUGCUGGCCAAGUCUGACGAUACGCACGAAGUGACGCGUUCCGAUGGGAAUAUCUUAAUAAUCAGGAAGAAGAAGAUGCGCACUCUGGAGAAUCCUGUUCCUAUGGUACUGGAAGAUGACAAAUUCUUCGAGGAUUUGUACACGGAGAAAAACGGCGGGUAUCAGUGCAAGCAAUGCCCGAACACUUAUCGGGCUCGAGGGGCAAUUAAAGCGCACAUCUUUCACUCACACAGAGACAAGCCGUUCACGUGUAAGUUCUGCGCGAUGCCCUUCCCGUUCGAGAAAAUGCUGGAGUUCCAUCUGCGGCGGCGCAAGGAUCUCAAGUGUGAUGUGUGCAGCGAUCGAUUUUGCUCGUACGGCAAACUCGAGGAGCACGUGAAGAGACAUCAGUCAGGGCCAAAGACAAAUGACGCCCUCAUCAAGAGGGUGAUGCAGAAUUCAGAGAUUGAAAUCGCGCUCGUGGGCGACGAAAAGAAGCCCGUAGUGAAGCAGGAGAUGGCGAAGAAGGUCGCUGAGCCAGAGCAAAAGUGUCCGCUGUGUGACAAGGUGAUGGGCAAGCGAGACGUGCUGAAUGAUCACAUCACAACUCACCUGAAGAGAGUCGGUGAGUACUUCCGGUGCAAGGAUUGCGACCUCAAGUAUCUCUAUCCCAUUUACCUCGUGCGUCACUACAAGAACCGCAAAGUCUCGAAUUGCGAACUGUGCCAGAAGGUCUUCUGCGCGGAGAUCAACAGGAUCAACCAUGUGUGUCCUCAGAUGGCGCAAAAGCGCCAGAGGACUCGCAGUCCGUCGUCGGAGGAGGAAAUCCUGCCGAAGCGCGUGAGUCGCGUGAACUGCACGGAUGGACGGCUGACCAACACGAGCGCCGGUCAGCGCGAGGGGAAUAUAUCGCACGAUUGGGAAGGAAUGCUGGAUGAGAACAAGCCAUGCAAGUGCAACUUUUGCGGACGCGUGUACGGGAAGCCUGGCGGUCUCGGGCAGCAUCUGUCGACCAUGCACGCCGUGGAUUCGUUCCCUUGUGGAACUUGUAGUGCCGCCUACUCAUCGCUCACCAGCUUAAUCCGACACAAGAACAUGAACUGCGAAGGAGCAGCUGCCAAUCGAGCUGCAGAGACCGAAGUGGAGAACAAAUCUCCGAAGAAUGACUCUGCAGUUCAGGCGGAUGAAGCCGCAGAAUCUGUGGAUUCGCCAGAGUCGAAGAAAUCGGCGGUGGAAGAGGCUGAAAGUCCUGAGAUUGUGCCAGAAAUUAAGCCUGCGACGAGGAAGACAUCAGAAUGUCCGGUGUGCUUUGAGCGAUUCGACCACAGAUGUGGUCUCUCGGCUCACCUGCGCCUGAAACACAAGGAUGCCCGGCCGUACGAGUGCGAGGAGUGCGGAAGAUGCUUCCAGUACGAGAAGGCGCUGGAGGUGCACAGGAAGUACCAUGACAUGGAGCCUCCGAGUCGGCGAAGACGACGUCGAGGCAGGAAGAAUGCCUUACAGGAUAACGAUCUAUCGACUGUGGAGCUCAAGGAGGAAUCUUUAGCGAAUGAUGCAGAGGAAGCUGAGGAACAACUGGAGAGCGGAUCAAAUGAGGCGAUUGAUAUGGAAAUUGAUGAGGAGCUGACGCCGCAAGUUGAUGCGGAGGAAGCUCAGCCUGAGGAACCAGAAAGCACCAUACUUCUUGUCGCAGAAGGGGCACGGCAUGGUCUUCUCCUGGUGGAUGCGGCGCACGUGAUUCCGGAGAGCGCACGGCAGCUUGAAGACCUUCUCGCAGAAGCCACACUGCAGCGACGCGGGCUUGUGCAUGUUGAUGGUGUGCAGAGACACUGCCAUCUUGCUCUUGAAGAGCUUCUCGCAGAUGCUGCAUUGGAAGGGCUUUUCGCCCGUGUGCGUGCGCUGGUGCAGGACGAAGGCGGCCUGCGUGACGGACUGGAAGGUGCAGGACUCCCAAGUGCACUGGAACUUCUUGGGCGCCACGUGAAUGUGCCUGUGAUGCUGCAGCAUCAGAUCGCGGCGGUCGAAGCUUUUGCCGCACUUAGGGCAGGCGUGCGCUCCGGGCUGACGAAGCAGGAGUACUGCUCCUUGGAAGUGUGCUGCGUGCGGAUAUGCACGAGCAGCCCUUUGCGCAGCCGGAAGGCCUUGCCGCAGUGCUGGCACACUUCCUUUAGCUUCUUCAUCUCCACGUGCCUCAUGAGACGUCCGGCUGCUGUGGCUCCUCAUCACUGGGCGGAUGGUCUGAUGUGUUGUCAACCCGCUCGUCAGCAGACUGCUCCUCUUCCUCUCUCUUCACCUGCACAGAAGACUCUGCAGAGCCUUCAGCUGACGCUCCGUCGAGCAGCUUCUCCUCCGGUGCAACUCGAAGUCUUCCAAGGAGGAUUCUUCCUUGAAGCACGUCUUGCAGGAGUAAGAAGAGCUGCAGAUCACUUUGUGCUUCUCAAAAUCCUCCGUUCUCGUGUAAUUGCGAUUGCAGAUUGUGCAUCGCGCUCCCUCCGAGAACUUCCUCUCCUCGUGAACCCGCUGCAUGUGCACUUUCAGGCUCUCACGCACCUUGAAGGACUUGUCGCAGAAGGAGCACUGGUGCGUCGGCACGCCGUGCUUGUGAGCGACAUGCGUGGCCAAGCCGUUCUGCGAGGCGAAUGGCUUGCUGCAGAUCUUGCAGUUGUAGGGCUUCUCGCCAGUGUGCGUGCGUUCGUGAUUGCGAAGCAUCGUGCUACUCAGAGCACUGUAGUCGCAAAACUGGCACUUAAAUUUCCUGGUCACAGUAUGAGCUAUUCUAUUAUGGCGCAUCAUUUGAAUGUGAGUGUCGAACUUCUUAUUGCACUGUGGACAUGGAUGAGCUUCACUGUUCUUGAAGUGACUCUGCAUGUGCGUGCUCACGCUGCUCCGGCUGGUGUAUGUCUUACCGCAGAUGAAGCACGGAUAUUUUUCCCGGUUCGUGUGAAUCUCACGGAUGUGACUCUUCAGUCGGCGAACGAAAUAGAAGGAUUUUCCGCAGAACUGACACACUUCCGUCUUCUUCUUGUUGGUGUCGUGCUUCAUAGUCAGGUGUAUCCGGAGAAACUGAAUGAUCAUCUGCCCAGUCACUUGAUUGACGAGGAAGAGGAGAAAUGCAUGCCAAUUACUGAAGAGUUCGUGGAAUCCAAAUUGGACUUCGAACUGGAUAUAAAGGAGGAGUCUGAGAAAGACGAGGAUUUCGAGCAAGAGAAUUUUGUGGAUGAGGACAAGGAUGAUGAGUCGGACGUUCAUGAAGAGAAAUCAGUCGUUCUUGAGUAUGUGAAGCCACAGAAGAUCUUCAGGUGUACAAUUUGCUCUCACACCUGCAAAACCAACACAAAUCUCAAGUUACACAUGAAGAAACACAGCGAAGAUCGUCCUUAUCAGUGUGCCAAAUGCAGCAAGAAGUAUAAAUACAUGUGCAGCCUGAGAUCGCACCUGCUGAUGGUACACGACAAGAACAAGCAGCGGACGGAAGUGUGUAAAAUCUGCGGUAAAGGAUUCUACAUGAAGGAGCGGCUGAAGACGCAUAUUCGCGACAGACACACUUCUGACGUGUCACGAUAUCCGUGUCAAGUUUGCGGCAGGACGUAUUCCACGAAGGCUGGCGUGGCUGUGCACAUGCAGAAGCACGACACGAAGAACAACCAUCAUCCAUGCCCGACGUGCGGAAAGGUCUUCAGCACGCAUAUCAAUAUGCACAAGCAUUACAAGAGACACGACGCCGUGAAGAAGUACUUCUGCGACUGGAAAGCCUGCACUUUCAGUUCUCUCGUGCGCUCAACACUCACGGCACAUCGGCGGAUUCACACGGGCGAGAAGCCCUUUCCAUGCGACUUCUGUGACAAGACCUUCAGCGUGAAGAGUUGCCUGAAACUCCACGUCGCACACACGCACAAUCCUGACUCGGUGCCCUGCAAGCAGUGCGAUAAGACUUUCCCAACGCAAUCCUCUCUGCGGAAUCACAUCCAGCGCGUUCACGCCGAACGGACGAUUCCCUGUCCAGUGUGCAACAAGAAGUUCGGAAACAACGAACUGAAUGAUCAUCUGCCUAGUCACUUGGCAGAGGACAAACCACUCUCAAUCGAGACAAAGACGACAAAUGAAAAUGAGAUUACGAAGGAAACCGAGAAUUUCGCCCAACUUUCACCAAAUAUUUACGAAGAGAAAUCAGUGGUUCUUGAGUAUGUGAAACCACGGAAAAUCUUCAUGUGCACUCUUUGUCCGCACAUCUGCAAAACCAAUACAAAUCUCAAGCUGCAUAUGAGAAUGCAUUCUAAUGAGAGACCUUACGAAUGCGCCCUUUGCGGCAAGAAAUACAAGUUUAUGCGUAGUCUGAAAUCGCAUCUCCUGAUGGUACACGACCAGAACAAGCAGAGAACAGAAGUGUGCAAAAUCUGUGAUAAAGGUUUCUUCAUGAAACAGGCUUUAAAUACGCACAUUCGUGAGAGACACAAAUCAGAUGUGUCACGAUACCCGUGUCACGUCUGUGGGAAGACGUAUGCAACAAAAGGUGGAGUUUCUGUGCAUAUGCAGAAGCACGACACGAAGAACAACCAUCAUCCUUGUCCGGUGUGUGGAAAGGUCUUCGACACGCACAUGAAAAUGUAUAGACACCACAAGAGACACAAUGCUGUGAAGAAGUACGUGUGCGACUGGAAAUCCUGCAAUUACAGCACAGAAGUUCUGUCGAUUUUCACAAUCCAUCAACGAAUGCACACAGGAGAAAAGCCCUUUUCCUGUGAUUUCUGUGAUAAGGCAUUCAGGAUCAAAAGCUGCCUGAAGCUGCACAUCGCUCACAUUCACAAACCGCACACUGUUCCGUGCACGCAAUGCGAUAAGACUUUCCCAACUGCGACUUCUCUGCGUUAUCACGUCCGGCGAUUGCACACAGAAAGAACAAUUGCCUGUGUUGUUUGCGGCAGAAAGUUUGGAAGCAACGCUGAUGUGAACAGGCACAUGAGAGAUUGUCAUUCUAUGGACAAUUCUGAGGUAAAACUGGAAGACACAAGUGGCAUUGACUGCCGAGAAUGUGGAGAGAACUUUAAGGAAUAUCCAGAACUUGUGAAUCACCGGGAAAAUACCCACAAUUUGUAUACUUGCAAAUCUUGCGCCAAGGAAGAGACUUCUUUGGUGGAUUUCGAGUAUCAUCUGCAGAUUCACGGCGGAUUGAAGCUGUUCAGAUGCGUUAUUUGCCAGGAAAACUUCUCCUUCCUCUCAGAGCUUAAUGAUCAUCUUCCCAGUCACUUGGCAGAGGAGAAGAUUUUACCUGAUGUCAGUCAACAUAUCGAAUCUAUCGAAUUCACUGCCGAUGCUGAAGAGAGUGAAAUCAAGCAUGAAAAUUCAGAUCAUCACUUCGAGGGAAAUAAUGAUGCCAGUGAUCAGGAAGAUUCUAAGCAAGACAUUAUGAAAGUCAAAACAGUUCAGAAAGUGUGUAGAAAAGGCCCGCGGAAGCGAGGUCGCACGGAGAAACAGAGACUGCAGUAUGCUUUGCUGGAGAAGUCAUACAAAUGCCCUCAGUGUCCACACAGCUCCAAGACAGCUUCCAAUCUGAAGCUACAUAUGCGAACACACACAGGCAUUAAGCCCUUUGAGUGCGCCGUAUGCGAGAAAAAGUACGCCGUGAAGAGCAGCCUAAGGAUUCACUUGAUCAUGAAGCACAGCAGCAGCAAAAAGAAGACGGAAGUGUGCAAUAUCUGCGGGAAAGCCUUCUAUUUCGCGCAGCGCCUCAAGAUUCACAUCCGUGAGAUCCACUCAUCGCACCGUGAGCGAUAUCCGUGCUUUGUAUGUGGCAAGACGUACGCUUCGAAGGGCACUGUAGCCAUUCACAUGCAGAGCCACACGAAGCAGUCAGGCGCACAUCCUUGUCCCAAAUGCGACAAAUCCUUUGGCACUCACGUGGCGAUGCUGCAGCACCACAGGCACAUGCACGUGGCGCCGAAGAAGUACCUGUGCAACUGGGAGUCCUGCAAUUUCCGCUCAAUCUCGCGAUCGGUGCUCGUGGAGCACCAGCGCACACACACCGGCGAGAAGCCCUUCCAGUGUGGCAUCUGCAACACUGCCUUCGCCACCAAGGCGGCCGUGAGACGACAUGUGGCGCAGCGCCACAAUCCCGCUACGCUCCAGUGCGAAUUCUGCGAGAAGGUGUUCAAAGUCUCCGCCACAUUGCGAUGCCACAUCCGGCGAGUGCAUCUAGAGAGGAAGAUUCAGUGUCCUGUGUGCGAAAACAAGUACGCUUCCAAGGGUGACUUGACCAGACACAUGAAAGACAGUCAUUCCGUGAGGAAGAAAAAAACGGACAUCAAAGAAUAAAGUUCACAUUU